CUUGAAACGACGUUUUUUACCGACUUAGUUUGUCUCUUCUUUUUUGUGCGUUUCACCCGCGCAACUUGACGGCGACCGUCUUUUUGUUGCUUUCCUUUUUUCUGGAAAAAGAAGUCGCUGCAUGCGGGCGGACGCGUCUCGCGCCUCGAUCGCCGUGGAUGCAUGUGCACAAGAGUGGCAUUUCCGGUCGGUUUUGCUUCCGAUUUUCAGUCUGGCUUCUGCUUCUGAAUGUCUGUUUCUCGCCGCCAAAGGUUUUCUUUUCUCGGCCUUCCCCAGCGGACGUGAGGCCUUCGAAAGUACACCUCCCGCUAAGGAGAGACCGGGCGCGAGCUUCGGUCGUCGUGUGAAGAGCUGCCAAAAGAAACAAAGUUUCAAGCUUCAACCAUAGGUUCCUACUUCUUUCGGACUUUGUCAUCUGCACUCGAUUCUCCUUUCGUUCAUCUGAGCUCUCCUCUCCUGUGCCUGUGUGUCUCACGCUCGCUUGCCCUCCCUUUCGUUCGUCUCUCCCUCAUGCCGUAGCAUCCGCUCACCUUUACAUUUGCCCUCUUCCUUCUUCUCUCUCUUUCUCUUUCAUUUUCUGUCUCUCUCCGUCUCCCCUUCUGUGUUGUUGGAUCUCAAUCUGUUGUUGUUUCCUGCGGCGCGACUGUGCGUUUUUUUCUUUUCCGAAGGCCUCCGAUCUCAGUGGUCGGCUUGAGGCGCGGCCUGCCCCGCGAGAUCCUUUCCCUCGUCCUCUCCUCUCUUCGAGUGUGAAGCGGCUUUUCUUCUCUGGCGCUACAAAGGGAUUCUUCUCCACUUCAGAAAAAGAAUGCAUGCACCUCUCUUCUUGACGUUUGGGGUUUCCGGUUUCUUCUCUUGAGCGAAACUGAAUUCGUCUCCAUUCGUCUUUGGCUGCAUCACCGAUUUCGUUUGAACCCGUCGCCUCUUCGACCUCCGUCUGGCCUUCCCAUUCCGCUCCCUUCCUUUCCGAAAACGCGAAAAGCCGUCUUUCUUUGAGGGCGUUUUGUCUCCAUCUUCUUUCUCCCGGACAGGGUGGUUUUCUUCUCUCUCCGACAGCACUCCUUUUCUCUUCUCUUCUUCCCGCCUCUUGUGUUGCCAAGAUGAUGGGGAAGUCGAUGAUGUUUUGUCCGGAGUGCAACAACAUGUUGUAUCCGAGAGAAGACAAGGAGAAACGCCAGCUGCAGUUCCUCUGCCGACAGUGCGACUACUCGCGGUAUCCGAAGAAAACUGACACGGCGCAGCACAUCGUCGAGCGAACGAACUUCAACUUCAAGUCCAAGGAGGACAUCGUGAUCUCUUCGGAUCUGUCGAAAGAUCCAACGUUAGGUCGUGUGUUCGACUGGCGAUGUCCUCGAUGCCGGGGCGUUGGCGGCGUCUUCUACCAACUCCCAGAACGCGUCGCAGAAGAUGCCAUGACGCUCGUCUACGUCUGCACCCAACCUGGGUGUGGAGCCUGGGAGAUUCAGCAGCCUGAUGGGCAGGGCACAGGCGAAGACGGCAGAAGAGAAAAGGAAGACGACUCGCUCUCGUCGCCCAGCGAACCGAGAGGAGCUCCUUUUCGUCUGCACGAGGCGAAAGUGGAAGAAGAUGAAAGUUCUGUCGCCGGCGCCUUGGAGGCGGGUGCGCUCUCUGUGAAGCGAGCAGCGGCUGAGGCGCAGGACGAGGACCGAGAGGCAGAGUUCGGAGACGCUCCACUUGGCGGCGAAGUCGAGGAAGACGACGACUUGUUUGGCGAGCGCGAGGAAGAAGAAAUUCUCGAGUCCCAAGACGCCUUCGACGAAGACGACCCGUACACCCACCGUCUCGAGCCGCAGGACGGAUCUGUGGGAGAGCUCGACGUCACGUUUGACUGAAGCGUCAACGCGCGUUUCCUGGAGGAAAAGAGGAAGGACCGACGUCUCGUCGAGACAAAGAGAACGGACGGAGGCGAACGAGAGGAGCUGCUUUCUGUCUGUCUGUGCUUCGGAGUUCUCGUUCCAGCUGACUCAACUGUCAGAGUGGAGGCGACAUGGAGAACGGGUGUGUGCGUGUGUGUGUGUACAGACGCAGAGAAGUCAGAAGCCGAGAUUAUAGCUCUGUUUGUGUCUUCCUGUUCUCUUUCAUUCUUCCCCCCUGGGAGCCUACGAGACGCUUGGUCUCGACUUCUGCGUACUCCCUGCGGCUUUUCGCGGCAAACGUUUCGUCACUUUCCUUCGUCCAAGUCUCCGUCGUUUUCGCUGGCUCCUGGCCAACGCUUCGCCAUUCUCUUCGCUUCUCUCUCGCAAUAUUUUCCCUGUGAAGAUUCCUACUUCUCUGAGACGCUGAAAAACUUGGCUUUAUCCUGACUUAAAAUUUUCUGAACGUGAAC